AUGUCCCAGGAAGACCCCCAAGUAUGCGCGGACCCCCCUGAGCAGAAGGCUAAUCCUCCGCCGGAGAAAACCUGCGACUAUUACCGCGUGAGCGCCGACCUGCCGGCCAGAUUCAACAACCCGGGAUGGUUUCAGGGCUACAGGUGCAAACAGCCAGCCUCUGUGUACAGCACCAGCAACCAGGCCUACGGAGGCCAAGCUCCCACCGUACAUGAGAUGCCGAAAGUAUUUUAUCCUAACUCAAGUAAAUUUUCCCGGAAACUUGCAGCCUUUGGUAUGUACCAGAACAACACGUUAAAUGUCAGAGUGGAGAAGAGCUUUGUGACAGGCCCGGACAACUACAUCACUCCCUAUGACCGCCUCAACUUCCACCCCAGCUACAAUGUCAACAAGCCAUCCAUCUGCCACUAA